ACAUUGCAACAUCAGUAAUGUAUGGGUCUACAAGAUGUUUUUGACAUUUCGUAAGUUAUUGUGCUAAGUAUUUCUUUAGAUUUAUUUCAUGAAAUUCAUUUUAAAACGUGACGUGAUCGAUAAUGCGUGUUUUAAAUUUAUAAUCUAGUCAGAAGUGUUAAUACAACAUGGCUUGGACGGUGAGAAAGCCUUGUUUGGAGGUUAUGUCCAAGAAAAUAGCCAUAAGCAGUCAACUCAAUCACUUUAGAAAAGAUAAACUGUGCAAUAUUCAUUCCAGUCAAAUUGUUCGACACAAAUGCACACAUACAAUUAACGUUGAUGAACUGUUAAGUGACUUCAACAAGCAGCAGUGUGUCGAAAGACUUCAGAAACUAUCAGUUCCCAACGUCACCUCAAAACAGCCAAAAAUUAAAGCUGCUGUUCUGGUUCCUCUUUGUAUUGUAGACUCCCAACUGUCUCUGCUGUACACUUUGAGAAAAAGUAAUUUACGUAAACAUCGUGGGCAGGUAUCCUUUCCCGGUGGCGUCCAAGAUAAAUGUGAUAAUCACCUGAUAGCUACCGCACUUCGAGAGGCUGAAGAAGAACUCAAUAUUCCUCCGAAUUUAGUGGACGUUUGGGGCUGUGGGAAACCGAUAAUCGGAACCGAAUUUAGUGUUCUACCAGUUUUGGGAUUUAUUGGUGAUGUUAACAAGCUCGACAUCAAACCAAAUCCUAGCGAAGUUGAGCUAAUGUUUACGUUAUCACUCUUGCAUUUUUGUGACAGUGCUAAUUGUAGGUAUACUCGUUUUCGGUUCAAAAAUAUGGGGACCUAUGUGAUGCCAGUGUACUUGAAUCGGACUUGUCGAAUUUGGGGCAUGACUGCUGCUAUAACCCACAUCAUGCUAAGUGCUCUCUUACCUGACAAAUACAACCUCCAAUUGACAAAAAACACUGGUUACUGAUAGUAAGUUAUAACUGAUUUAACUCAGGUUGUGAACAAAAUUUACUGCCAAACUUUUAUUCUCAAGUAGAGUCUCGAAGUAGGACCUAAAAUUAUUACCAGUCAGGCUCAUGUGACUUGAUUAAUCAUAUUUAAAAUGGAUUUCUCAAUCAAUAAAUAAAAUUGAUAACCUGCAAACAUUAGUGCCGGUUGCACAAAAGCUGGUAAAUUUUAACCGUGAUUAAUUUCACUAGAACCAAUCAGGGAAACCGUCUUCUGAAAGGCCUUCUCUGAUUGUUUCCCCGUUAAAUCACGGUUAGAAUUUAACCGGCACUUAUGUCUACAGGUUAUCAAUUUUAUAAAUUGAUUGAGAAAUAGAUUGGUGAAUACAAUAUGAUUAAUCAAGUCACAUGAGCCUGAUUGGUAAUAAUUUUAUUAAUAAUCAUUAAUAAUGGAAAAUAUUACCAAUCAGGCUCAUGUGACUUGAUUAAAUAUUUUUCAACCAAUUUGAAAAGGAUUUUUUAAUCGAUUUUCUAAAACUGAUAACCUGCAGACAUUAGUCUUGAAAUUUAUGAGUUAUGAUCGUUGAUUGGAUGUAAAACAAUCAUAAUAAAUUAUUUUAAAUACAAUUAUUGUUCCAAUUUAAAUUGUUUUCAAUCUCAUAAUUUUGAAACAGA